AUGCCCUGGAAUGGGUUUAAUGUUGUGGCAGUGGCCGAGCCCAUGCGGAGUCAACGCAGGGAAGAGAAGAGGCAACAGGUCUACAUCAUCCGGGUCACGUGGUCCAGUGGCUCCACCGAGGCCAUCUAUCGGCGCUACAGCAAAUUCUUCGACCUCCAGAUGCAGAUGUUGGACAAAUUUCCCAUGGAAGGUGGACAGAAGGACCCCAAACAGAGGAUCAUUCCCUUCCUGCCAGGCAAAAUUCUCUUCCGACGGAGCCACAUCCGGGACGUGGCCGUCAAACGCCUGAUACCGAUCGAUGAAUACUGUAAGGCCCUGAUCCAGCUGCCCCCCUAUAUCUCCCAGUGUGAGGAGGUGCUACAGUUCUUUGAGACAAGACCCGAGGACCUGAAUCCCCCCAAAGAGGAGCAUGUUGGGAAAAAGAAACUUGGGAGUGACCCGACCUCAGUGGACCCCAUGGUCCUGGAGCAGUACGUAGUGGUGGCAGACUACCAGAAGCAGGAGAGCUCGGAAAUCAGCCUCAGCGUGGGGCAGGUGGUGGACAUCAUCGAGAAAAAUGAGUCAGGUUGGUGGUUCGUCAGCACCGCUGAAGAGCAAGGCUGGGUCCCCGCCACCUGCCUCGAAGGGCAGGAUGCUGGGCAGGAUGAAUUUUCCCUGCAGCCUGAGGAAGAGGAGAAGUACACAGUCAUCUACCCGUACACAGCUCGUGACCAGGAUGAAAUGAACCUGGAGAGAGGGGCCAUGGUGGAGGUCAUUCAGAAAAACCUGGAAGGCUGGUGGAAGAUCAGGUACCAGGGCAAAGAGGGCUGGGCCCCAGCCUCGUACCUAAAGAAGAGCAGCGGGGAGCCCUUACCCCCCAAGCUGGGCCCCGGCUCAUCUGCCCACGCGGGCGUCCUUGACCUGGAUGGAGUUUCCCGGCCACAGAACUCGGUGGGCAGAGAGAAGGAGCUCCUCGGCAACCAGAGGGAUGGCCGCUUUGAAGGCCGCCCAGUGCCGGAUGUUGACAUCAAGCAGAGAUCACCCAAGAUGAGGCAGAGACCCCCUCCUCGCCGGGAUAUGACCAUACCUCGAGGUCUCAACCUGCCUAAGCCCCCCAUCCCACCCCAAGUGGAGGAAGAGUAUUACACCAUUGCCGAAUUCCAGACAACCAUCCCAGAUGGCAUCAGCUUCCAGGCAGGCCUGAAGGUCGAGGUGAUCGAGAAGAACCUGAGUGGCUGGUGGUACAUUCAGAUUGAAGACAAGGAAGGAUGGGCCCCAGCAACCUUCAUUGACAAGUAUAAGAAGACCAGCAAUGCCUCGAGACCCAACUUUCUGGCUCCCUUGCCCAACGAGGUGACCCAGCUCCGUCUGGGGGAUGCAGCAGCGAUGGAGAACUGCACGGGCAGCGAAGCUGGUGGCCCCUCCCGGCCCCUGCCCGAUGCACCGCUCAGUGCCGUGGACUCUGGGAUGCCAUGGUCCAAAGACUGGAAGGGUGGUAAGGAGGUCCUGAGAAAGGCGUCUUCAGACAUGUCGUGUGCAGGCUACGAGGAGAUCUCGGACCCCGACCUGGAAGAGAAGCCCAGCCUCCCUCCCCGGAAAGAAUCCAUCAUCAAGUCGGAAGGGGAGCUGCAGGAGCGGGAGCGGGAGCGGCAGAGGGUGGAGCAGCUCAGGGGCUCCCCGCCCAAGCCCCCUGGUAUGAUUUUGCCAAUGAUUCCAGCUAAACAAAACCCCCCAUCCCGGGAUGGCAGGAGGCCAGAGCCCAAACCUGACAAAAGCAAGUUGUUCCAGCUGAAAAAUGAGAUGGGGCUGGAGUGUGGCCAUAAAGUAUUGGCCAAGGAAGUGAAGAAGCCCAACCUGCGGCCCAUCUCCAAAUCCAAAGCCGACCCACCAGAGGAGAAGCCAGAAGCCAUUCCCCAGAACCCCUUCUUGAAGUCCAAACCUCAGGUUAGGCCAAAGCCAGCUUCUUCCCCCAGGACAGAGCCACCUCAGGGCGAAGACCAAGUGGACAUCUGCAACCUCAGGAGCAAGCUCAGGCCUGCCAAGUCCCAAGAGAAGCCCUUGUUGGAUGGAGAGAGCAGCCACCAGGCUGCUGGGGGCCAAGACGCAGCCUUCAGCCGCAGCUUCCUCCCAGGGGAGGGGCCUGGUCGUGCCCAGGACAGGACGGGCAAGCAGGAUGGGCUUGGCCCCAAGGAAAUACCCUGCAGAGCCCCUCCGAGGCCAGCCAAGACCACAGAUCCUGCGCCUAAGAGCGCACCCGUGCCUCUCAAAGAGGCUCCCCAAGAGGCUCCCCAGCAGAGACCCAUGAUCCCUCCCCGCAGACCCCCACCCCCCAAGAAAACCUCCUGUUCACCCAGGCCCCUCCAGGAGGCCAGAGGGCUGCAGCGGGAGGCCAGCGAAGGCCGGGCACCUCCUGCCCCAGGCCGGGCCCUGCUGGUCCCUCCAAAAGCCAAACCUUUUCUCUCCAACUCCUCAGGGGGCCAGGAUGACCUUCGAGGCAAAGGUGGGCUGGGGCCACGGAUGGUGGGCAAGAUCGGAGAAAACAGAGAGAAAGCAGCAGCAUCCCCCUUCCCCAGUGCCGACAGCCCAAAGGACCUGUAUGUGGCCGUGGCCAACUUUGAAGGAGAUGAAGAUACUAGCAGCUUCCAGGAGGGGACGGUGUUCGAGGUCAGGGAAAAGAACAGCAGUGGCUGGUGGUUCUGCCAGGUCCUCAGCGGGGCGCCCUCCUGGGAAGGGUGGAUUCCUUCCAACUAUCUCAGAAAGAAGCCCUAGCCUCCUCCCUCCCUGGCUGGAGGUCCUGUGCGUCUCUGCUGGUUUUACCCACAUAUUUAAUAUGCCUCUUAAUUUAUCGUUCUCCACGGAGCUUCAAAGGAAGGAAGGCUCUGGAGAACUGGGUUCUUCCCUCCCGUGGGUAGAGCCAGCCCUGCCACCACAGCAGCCCCCCGAGGCUCAGGGGCCACAUGCUCGCUUUCUCUCCCCUCUGUAUCCCUGCCUUAAGGCCAGUGGCAUUGCCACCCAGCUUCCCUGCCCACCUAGUAGCGGGACCACAACUCUCCAAGGCCUCCAGCACCAGAACCCACCAUCUGGAAAAUCUGCAGAAAGUAUUUCUCAUUGCUUGGACCCGGUGCAGUUCGGGGCAGUCCGCCGGCAGCUCGUCCAGUCUGACAGCUUGCGCCAACUUCUCCAUGUCUCUAAAAGGCCGGUGACUUUGUUCACCCAGUUUCCAAAAUGCCUGGUACCACAAAGAACUUCACUCUAUACAAGUGGGCUCCAUGGCCAGUCCCAGGGGGUGUCCUCCUCUCCGAGGCCUCAGGCCUCUGGGCCUCUCAGGUUUGACCAGAUGCAGCGGCCCCACAAGUGGGUGUGGGGGUCCACUCGGCCACCUGCCUCCCAUCUUCUGUCUUGGGAGCCUGAUGGGUCCUAAAGGGCUGGGUCCAGCCCAGAGCAACCUCCACUGCCAGGCUCCGGACAAUCCCCUCCCCGCCCUGGGGUAUCUCACUUUGUCUGUCUAGAGCAAGCAUCUCCACAUUUGUUGGAAAAGGGGCCAUUAGCAAGCCAUGCUCCAUUCUGAGCACCCUUUUCUGGGUAGCUAGUCAGUGCCAAACUCUACACGGCACUUUGCAUUCACGUUUAACCUUCACGGCAACCCUCUCCUAUAAUAGUAUUCCCAUUUUAUAGAUGAGGAAGCUUGGGCUCCGUGUGCCCAAGGCACACUAGCUAGGAGGAGGGGGAAAGAGGAUUUGAAUCCAGGCUGGCCUGACUUCCAUGCUUGUGCCCUUCUCCCUGGAAGGGGCAAACCAGGCAGGGGGAGAGAGAGGAGCUUGGGUGCCAGAGGCCCGUUCUUUGCUCCGUGCUGGUAUCCCAGGAGGGAUAGAGCUUAUGCAGUAGAGGGAGCGGGGGGGCGGGGUCUCACAUGCCAGCCUGGAGGGGCCCUGGUGGUUCACAGACCAGCAGCUGCUCCUCCAUCAAGUUGAGCAUGGCAAGCAGAGGCCCCCUCGGGUGACAGGAACCCAAGGGCCAGACAGAUGCCUCCUGUCACUCUCUGUUGCUGCUUCCCGCUCUUCUCUGGCUUUCACGGUUUUCUUUUCCCCCUGCCCUUUCCCUCUCCAUCUCACUGGGAGGAGCCCAGGGCAGCCUUACCCAUUCUGAUGGUGUGGUUCAACAUAGGGUCCCAGCCACAUACAGAACUAGAACCAGGACCCAGGGUUUCCAGCUCCCAGCCCAGAGAUCCUGCCUGUGGACCAGGCUGCCUGGGGGUGAGAGGGCAGUGCCCUCCACGUGCCACCCUGCCCUGUAGGAGAGGACGUGGCUCUGAUUCAGUUCAUUGGCUACUAUGCUUUGGGAACACAAAGCCUGCUCUCCUGGGGAUGCCCGCUGUCUACCUGCAGUGCCAAAGGCCCCCUCCCCUCCCCGACCCCCCACAUGGUCUCUGGGUGUCUCUGCAGGAGAAGGAGCUUCCUCAGACCCACAGAGCCAUCCUGUUGCUCCGGUCAGCCUGUAAGGACCACCCCCGAGAAUCUGGGGGCAGGGCCCUGAGGUGCUCCUCGCUGCACCUGCUCACCCCUUGGCCCUAUGUCCAGAACCCUGCGGGGAAGAAGGGGGGCAGCUGGAAGAGGGCCACCCACCUCCUGCCCCAUAACAUGUUUUCCUGCGUGUUUGAUCCACUUCAGUUUAAACCGUUUUUAUGAAGCUGUGAUGCAGGAUUUGACUACAUUUUAAAAGACAAAACUCUAAAUUUUUGUUUUCUGAUUCACUCUGUGCUUUCAUUGGCCUUUGCAUGUGUCGUGAGUGCCCGCGCGUGCUGCACGCCGGGCAGGCCGGGCUGCGCGGGUUCCCUGCCGGCUGUAGGAGCUUUGCUGUCUGUUUGCUGGUUCCGCCGAGGGGGUUGGCGGCUGACCUCAGCCUCUCCUGGGGAUCAGCUGGGUGGGGACGGACUGGUUCUUUCUCUGGGCAGAACGUUUUCCUGCAAGUGAAAGAACUUGCCUUUUUAUUAUUAUUAUUAUUAUUAUUAUUAUUAUUAUUAUUAUUAUUCUGAUGGAACUGAAGGUACUGAAGCCACACUCUUCUCUGUUCACUGCUCUUUCCUCAGGAUACACUUGUGUCCUGAGGACCCCUCUCUCUGCUCUUUUUGUCACAGCGGUAGGCACUUCCCCAGGCUCCUGGAAGUGACAGGUCUAGCUGUCCUUGCCUGUGGACCUAGGUUCACACCAUCCAGGUCUGUGGCCCCUAUUCUGUGAGCAAUUGAUGGAGCGUAUGCAAAACUCCCCUGGAGUUCCAGCCGUGCAAAGGGCCUGGGCCACAGGAAUAGCCCCGAUGCCAAGCUCCGGCAGGUCACCGAGCCGAAACACGCUCCCUCCUCUGGCGUGGUCCUCGCGAUAACCCUGGGAGGUGCAGGGGAUCAGCCCCAACCUGUCGUGAGAAAAUUGAUGUUCAGGGAAUGAAGCCACAUUCCUAGCUUCAUCCAAAUAGUGACAGUGACAGCUGAGGAUCAAAUCCAGGGGUUUUCUCCCCAAUGCCCUUGACUUCCUCUGCCACCAGCAGUGAAAUGUAGUUGGGCCUCCGGUGAAGCGGGGGACCCUCCCUCUUUGAGUUUCUCUGCUCCUCGCCCCACGAUGACGCUUGUCAGCAGGUCACAGGUAAAUGCCACUCUGACAGGCAGACAGAGGUGGGUUUUCUCCUUUCCUCACUCCUGCUUAUUUCCUGGAUUUUAUCUUACAUCUUGGGGUAAAACUGCAGCUUGUGGUGCCAUCAGAUCUUUGGAAAAUCUGAGUUUUAGGACUACCACUUGAUAAAAUAAGCCUUUGCUCAAAUAUUUCACUCAGAAUGUCUUUGCCCUGUGGUGGGAUUGUGUCCCAGGUUGAGGCUUGGGGAGGGCUGGGCUCCAGCUGAAACCGCUUUUACUGCCCCGGCCUUCUGAGGAAUUACGAGGGCCCGGAUCAGGCUGCCAGUCUUUGUGAGCCUCUGCCACAAUUUCUUAGGCUACGUCCUCGGCCUUAAAACAUUUUGAGCCCACUGGGGAUUUCAUUCCCACGUGGAACAGAGGAAAACAGGCUUGCCACGUUAAAGGGCAGGUGCUGAAUCUCCCCAGGGUGUGGAAGGACCUUGGGGAUGGACAGAGUGUUUAUUCAGCCUGUACCAGGUGCCAGUGCUGAGUGCUCCUGCCCUCAAAUAGCUGGAACUGGACAUCAAGAACGGGAGCAUCCGUGGCUUGGCUCCCAUCCUUCCA